GCUUGGCGGCGCGGCGGGCGGCGCGGCGGGACUGGGGCCUGCACUAUAAAGGGCGGUGCGCCUUGGACCGGGUAGCAGUCAGUCUGAUCCACCGCCAUGAAGAGCAUCGUGCUAGUGUUUUCCGCCUGCGUGGCCGUCGCGCUGGGGCAGGAGAGCUUCAAAUGCCCGGACGACUACGGCUUCUACCCCCACGGCGUGUCGUGCGACAAGUACUGGAAGUGCGACAACGGCGUAGCGGAACUCAAAACUUGCGGCAACGGACUGGCCUUCGACGCCAGCGACGACAAGUUCCUCACUGAGAACUGCGACUACCUCCACAACGUCGACUGCGGAGACCGCUCUCAGCUCGAGCCCGCCAUCGGCACCCCUCACUGCCCGCGCCUGUACGGCAUCUUCGCCGACGAGAAGAAGUGCGACACCUUCUGGAACUGCUGGAACGGCGAGGCCUCCAGGUACCAGUGCUCCCCCGGCCUGGCGUACGACAGGGAGGCGCGAGUCUGCAUGUGGGCCGACAAGGUCCCCGAGUGCAAGAACGAAGAGGUCGCCAACGGCUUCGCCUGCCCCGCUCCCGGUGAGAUCGCCGGCGCCGGCGGUUCCUUCUCCCGCCACGCGCACCCCGAGGACUGCCGCAAGUACUACAUCUGCAUGGAGGGCGUCGCCCGCGAGUACGGCUGCCCCAUCGGCACCGUCUUCAAGAUCGGCGACUCCGAGGGCUCCGGCGUGUGCGAAGACCCCGAGGACGUUCCCGGCUGCGAGGACUACUACGGAAAGCUGGAUCUGAAAGCUCUGAGGAAACUGGGGUACUAGAUCGCGUCGCUGCCAUCGCAGGAGCGACAUCUUCAUCCACAACAACAACGACAACAACAACAUCCCCUCGGCGGUACCCGUCUCCGCCACGACUGCAUACCGGCUGCCCAACUCUCCCGCCCAGCCUGUACCACUCCUUUUUAAUAUAUUCCCUUUGCAAAACCCCGCGCCUCGAGCGACCGCCGCCGGCCAGCGUUGCAAAAGCUGACACGUCCAAUUUGGUGAACUGACGACACGGCGGCGUCGCGGCGUCGCGGCCUCAGGCGACUACCAGCCCGACAGGUCGUGGAGGAACCCACCCAGUUCACCGCCAAACGCCUCAGUUUUCAUCAUUAUUAUUGUUUUUCUACAGUUUGUUUUUUAUAAUUUAGUUUCGUUUAGUCCCUUUUUUUGCUCAAGGCGCCAAACUGCGCUCUUGCAAGCAGAAAGCCUGAAAAAUACGCUCACUCAUGGGUUUUAUGCAUGCGCCCAAAAUGCGCGGGAGGGAUGAGUACAACUGUCACUUUAUCAGACAGUCUUGUGCGGCAAAAAGCUUUAAAAACUAUAGUCUUACAUACUAUCUAACUAGUGGGUACAUAGAUUUAAAACUGCACAGAACUCUGUGACUGAAAGCCAUAAACGCCAUACAAGUGAAAUAGCCAUUCUAGUAGCCUCGGGAGCAAAUUAAAAUAUAUAAAAGCCAUAAGCGAAAAUGCAAGUGAGCAGUGACAAGAAAAACAUAUUCUGUUUGUCACGAGUGAGUCUCUUUUACCUAAAUGAGUGUUAGAGUGCGUGCGCGCGUGUGUGUGUGUGUGUGUGAGAGAGAGAGAGAGAGAGAGAGAGAGAGAGAGAGAGAGAUAGAGAGAGAGUGAAUGAGUGAGUGAGUAGCAUGUGCAAAUGUGUGCCAGUGUAAUAGACUCCUCAAGUGUGACGCCAAGCCUGUAAUUUAUAAGACCACCUCCGAGAGGUGUAAAACAACGUUAAAAAUAAAUCUUUUUGUAAUUUA